CUCACCGGAGACGAAGACGAAGGAAAACUCAAACCCCGAAGAAAAACCGACACCCCAUUACGCAAAAAUGUCUAGGAACUUAAGACCUCCACAACUGAUAGUUCCAGUAGAGGAACAUUUUACGGGACGUAUCACUUGGCGCGGCAGUUGGUACUUUCCAAAGAUUAAAGCAAAAUUUAUACAGUGUGGUUUAUUGGAUAGGGUGAAGGAAUCCCCUUUCAAACAGUUCUUCAUGGCGGAACCAUUAAAUUUUUCUGGUGCCUUAGUCCAUCAGCUGUUGUUGCACAAAUUCAGAGGGGAGAAGACCGACGAAGUCCAGUUUUAUAUUGGGAAAAAACGAUGUAGAUUUAGCCAAUUGGAGUUCGCUUUAGUUAUUGGUUUAAAUUUCAACGCCGGACCGUCUGAAGCUGAGAUUAAAGCGAAGACCACUUCGGAUCGGUUGAUUCUUGAGUACUUCAAUGUUCAUUCCCCAGUGAGCAUAGGGCAACUGCGCAGAACUUUUGAGAGUUGUCAAAUAGUUGAUGAUGUGUACAAGAUGGGUUUGUGUUUAUUAGUAGAGGGUGUUUUGAAAGGUCGUGAGGAGAAGUUGAUGGUUUGGACUGACAUGCUGAAGAUGGUAGAUGACGUUGACUUCUUUUUCCAGUACCCGUGGGGGAAGAUAUCAUACCAGAAGUUGUUACAAACUUGUCAAAAAGACUUUGUAGAAAUGAAGAAGCAUUUACAGAAGAAGAUUGAGAAAGGAAAGACUCAGAAGGAGGCCAAGUACUCUAUUUAUGGGUAUGCUGCAGCAUUACAGUAUUGGGCUUUUGAGUCCAUCAUUGAGUUGGGUCAGGAUUAUGCUGUGAGAUUGGGCCAAGGCAUUCCAAGAAUGAUCAACUGGCAGAGCAAGGAGAAAGUAGAGAUACACAAAGAGAAACUUAUUAAGUUGUUUGAAUACGAUAGGGUACGAUUUGAGUACGAUUGUGGGGUUAUUUUGUAG